AUGAAGGAAACAACAAGUCAGGAGUUUUCCCCAGCGUCGCCUAGCUGCUGCCCCCCAGGGCCCCUCACUGACGCUCCCUUAGCAGAGGCUCCCAGCUGCGAGGAGCGAGAAGAAAGCAGGGAGAUGGAGGUAAAGCAGGUAACCUUGCGCAAGAGGUCUGAGGAAGUAAAACAACACAGCAAGAAGAGUGGUGUUUUAACUGCUGAGGUGGUUUCCAGCAGUGUAAACCACCUUGGACGUUUUGGCACUGGGCUGCAGCACAUGUACCAUCACCUGUCCCUUCCUAAUCACAAUCUCAGUGACAUCUCCAUUUUAUGCAGUUAUGUCCAUCUUCAAAAGCUGGAACUGCCGCACAACAAAAUUAGAGAUUUGUCCUGUGUGAGCCACAUGCCCUACAUCGUCAUCCUGGAUGCUUCUCACAAUGAAAUCUCCAACUUCUUUGGAUUCCAGCCACCCAAGAACCUAAAGGAAGUCAAUUUCUCCCAUAACCGUAUGACAAAAAUGAAGGAUUUGUCAGCCUAUUCAUCUCUUAGCCAACUGGAUCUGGACUACAACAGCUUCAGUGAGAUCAGUGGUCUUGAGCAGUGUUGCAAGCUCACUCAUCUCAGCCUGGCACACAACAGGAUCUCGAGGAUCAGUGGCUUGGACAGUCUGCCGCUCACACAUCUCUGCCUUAGGGGGAACCAGCUGGGAAAGAUUGAAGGCUUAGAGAAUCUAAAGAAUCUGCAGGUUCUCGACUUGUCUUUGAACCGCAUCACCAGUCUUUCUGGUCUCCAGAACCUUCACCUGCUGGGCUCCGUCAACCUGGAAAAGAACCUGAUUGGUGAAAUUCAGGAGUGCAAACACAUUCAUGAUCUUUUCCUGUUGAGGGACCUCAAUCUGCUGGGAAACCCUGUGCAGGAGCACCAAGACUACAGACUGUCAGUUGUUUUCCUCCUCCAACAUCUCACUGUGCUGGACCAAGAGAAAGUCACUGCUGAAGAGAAGGUGUCAUCAGUGAACAAAUAUGACCCUCCUAUGGAUGUGGUGGCAGCCAGAGAUCACAUGACCCACCUAGUGUAUCAGCUGAUGCAGCCGCAGGUGAUCUUUGAAAGUACUUUACCCAGUGCAGACUCUCCCUAUCCUAUGCUGGUGCUGACAGGUCCUCAAGGCUGUGGGAAGCGAGAGCUGGCACACAGGCUGUGUCAGGAUUUAAACGAAUACUUUGCAUACGGAACCUGUCACACCACAAGGGGGUGCUACUCUGGAGAGGAGAAUGGAAUUGAUUACCAUUUUGUCAGUGAGGAAGACUUUCAGAACAUGAUUCACAUGGGUAGAUUUAUCCAGACCAUGCGCUAUGGGGGUCACAGCUACGGUCUGACCAGAGAUGCCAUAGAGGAAGUGGCCAGAGAAGGACUGGCCUGCUGUGUGCAUAUGGAGCUGGAGGGGGUGUUCAGUCUGAAGAACAGCUACUUUGAACCUCGAUACAUCCUGCUCAUCCCCACCCAAGUGGAGAAGUACACAGGCCACCUAAAAAGCCGUGGUCUCUAUACCCCAGCACAGAUUGACAUGGCAGUGUCACGUAUAGAGCUCUACGCAAACACCAACAGGCAACGGCCAGGAUUCUUCGAUAAUGUGAUUCCCUGUGAUGACUGGGAAGAAGCCUACCAGACACUGAGGCAGGUAGUGAAGGAGUACCUGUUGCUAGAGGAGCAGGAAGGAGAAAACAACAACAGAGCAUCCCCUGACAACACCUCCACAGUCUCUGGUCAUGAGCCAGAGGAGAAGCCACCCUCACCCCUGUCGAGGUCGGGGUCAGGGACACUCACGUCACACUCUGCCACAGCUCUUCACCCCUCAGAUCCCUCCUACAGAAACUAUUUCGCCAAGAUCCAGGCAGAGCUCAGCCCUCAGAAAAGCCCUGCUGAGCUGGCUUCCAUCAGGAGGCGUGAGCAGCUGGUGAGAGAGGCUAUAGUGGGGAAGAGUCCAGGGGUCUACAGCCAGCUCUUCAAAAGCUCUCAUCAAACAGCACCAUCAUCACUGCAGAAUCACGAUCCUGGUACUCAUUUUAGUGAGGACAGCAGCAGCUCAGAUGGCUCUCGUGCCAGUUCAGUGCUCUCUGUGCCCAGUUCAGCAGGGGCCUUUUCUGGCUUAGUGGAUACCUCUGUCCCAGGACACGUCUUGGAAACACCCAGAGACCACCUGGCACCAGAUCAAACUCCUGACACCCCCCAACCAGACACAGAUCGACUAGCUGCUGUUGCGUCCACCUCUUCUGAGAGACGUCCUGGAUCCAACGUCAAGCCCAUCCUGCCACCGAUCCCCACCGGACGCAAGACCCCUGCAGUACCCAGCCCGGCUCCUUCUCCAAGACCCAGCCCAAAUGCAACAGUCGGAGAGGGAGGAGAUGCAAACACGGAGCAAUAG